AUGGCAUUACUGAAGAAGUGGAGCAUCCCGCCCCUCGCUGCUCUCCUCCUCCUCCUAUCCAUCGUUCCCACAGGAUCCAAAGUGGUGGAUUCAAUGUCACAAUGUGCAGAGUUUCUCCUUAACGGAACUCCACCGAAUGUCCCAGGAAUCCUAGAGGGAGGAAACAUCCUGGACCAGAACAGAUACAAACCCAUUUGCCAGACUUUCCUUGACAUUAGACGUUUUGUGACGCUCUAUGACACGGAAAACAAGAUCCCAGUGUUUUCUGCUUCCAAGUACAUCGGGACAAAUGGCAAAAGACCGGAGGACAUUUGGCAAAUAGAACCCCAGCGAGGGUUCGAUAAAGGGCAUUUAUUUCCAUGCUCUUACGCCCCUACAGUAGAUCAUAAGAAGUCUACCUUCACCCUCACCAACGUUGUUCCACAGAAUGGUCCAUUCAACAAGGGAAGAUGGAGCAAAAUGGAGAGCUGCAUCAAAUGUGUUCUGGACAAAUAUUGCAUCAACAGCAACAAAAUCAAAGAAGGCUUUUUGGUCAUUGGAGCUCAGCCAGGCAACAACAUCAUUUCAAACAAGGUUAAUGUCCCGUCCAUGCUCUGGUCUGCGUUCUGCUGCUACAGUCACAGUGAGAAAAGGUGGCUAGCAAGUGCCCACUGGGGCCAAAACAUCGAUGGUGAAACAUAUCUGCAGACCAAGACCUUGGCAGAGCUCCAUAGUGAACUGAGCACA